CUGCUCCCCACCCGACGGUGCCAAGGAUGGAUCCCUCUCUUCUCCUGAAAGUAACUUACCUUCGCCGGUAAAACAGGAACAGACACAACCAGAAACAUUACCCGAUCUAAAUGUGAAAAUACUGAGUGAAGACUGGGAUGACAUCUCACCUUCAUCUGCUUUGGAAGAGAUUUCCGAGGAAGAAGCUGUACAGAUCAUUGCAGAACCAAUUCUUCCCCUUCAGUCUUCCACGCUCAGAGAUUACGUUGAUCACUCAGAAACCCUUGCAAAGCUUGUCCACCUUGGAGUUGACUUAUCCCAAGUGGAGAAACGUCAAAAGGCAGGUCAGCUCUUACUGACCUUGGACUUUGAAAAAGAUAUAAGAAAAAUACUUCUGUUUCUUAAGGAUGUGGGUGUAGAAGACAAUCAACUGGGACCAUUCCUAACCAAAAAUCCAUACAUCCUUGCGGAAGAUCUGGAAGCUUUAGAAACCAGAGUGGCUUACCUAAAAUCAAAAAAAUUUGGGAAUGCAGAAAUUGCUCAGAUGGUCUCAAGAGCUCCAUAUUUGCUGUUGUUUUCAGUGGAAAGACUGGAUAACAGACUGGGUUUCUUCAAAAAUGAACUUGGUCUCAGUGUAAAAAAGACAAAGGAUCUGGUCGUUCGUCUCCCAAGGCUACUGACUGGCAAAUUAGAGCCUGUAAAAGAAAAUCUUCAGGUUUGUCAGAUUGAACUUGGUUUUCAACGUAGUGAAAUUCAACAGAUCGUGUAUAAGACCCCCAAGAUUUUAACUGCAAGUAAAAAGAGACUCAGACAGACAUUUGACUACUUACACAACAUAAUGGGCAUUCCCCACAACAUGCUUACUCGCUUUCCUCAGGUUUUCAACUCAAAGCUGUUAAGAAUCAAAGAGAGGCAUUUGUUUCUUGCGUUCUUGGGGAGAGCCCAGUAUGACCCAGCACAGCCCAGCUACAUCUCUCUAGACCAGCUGGUCUCCUUGCCCAACGAGGUGUUUUGUACAGAGAUUGCCAAAGCUUCUAUACAGGACUUUGAAAAUUUCUUAAAAACACUUUAAUUAGUAACAGAUGUAAAAAAAUAAGAGAAUAAAGUUAUGAAAUAAACAUAUUUUAUAAAACUAC